UUUUAUUAUGACUGAAGAAGGGGAACGAAAACGACAGCGUGUGAGUCGUGCUUGUGAACAAUGCCGUCGCAAGAAGAUAAAAUGUUUAGGUUCACCACCAACAUGCAAUAACUGUAUUACACUUGGAAUACAAUGUCAUUAUCUUGAAUCGACAAAGAAGCGAGGUCCACCAAAAGGAUAUAUUGAAGCUAUCGAAGGACGAUUACAAAGGUUGGAAGCACUUUUGGGCAGUUUUACUCAAGAAGACGAUCCACGAUCUCAAGCUAUUCUGGCCGAACUCAACACACCCUUGGAAACAGCCUAUGGUGAACUUGUACGACCUCGACCACUUCACCACACUUCGCUACAAGAUCUAGACGGCGUGCCCAACUCAAUGAUGCAUAUGAAAAGUGAAACAUUAUCCGAUCAAGAUAGCAAUUCCAGCAAUUAUAAUCAAAUACGAUCUGAUCACAUGGAAAAAAACAAUACUGAAAAGUAUCAUACCGAAGGCAAUGAACAGCGAUCACCGCAACAACGACCUGAUCAACUUGAUAACUUAUCCAUUGACGACUCGGGACAGCUGAGAUACUACGGCAAAUCAUCUGGCUUUGACAUGCUCCACAGUAACAAGAACUUGAAGAAUGGAUCAAUACACUUCAAUUCCAACGAUUUGAAAUCAGCACGAGAAGGCAAAAUAGCAGUAGAUCCAUAUGAACUUCCACCAGACGAUCUUUCUCAACAUCUUUUGGACUUAUACUUCAAUACUUUUUAUCCUUGGCUUCCACUCCUUCAUAAGGAUUCAUUUUUCGAACGUCUGAACUCAAAGGACAACCCACCACCAGCACUUUUACUCAACGCUAUUUACGCUAUCACUUCCCGUUUAUCUUCUGAUUCUCGUGUGCGCUCUGAUCCUGAUAGACCUGAUACAGCUGGCGACAUCUUUUUUGAAAGGGCUCGAUUGUUGAUGGAUUUAGAAUGGGAUGGUUUCAAGGUUUAUACUAUUCAAUCAUUACUGUUGAUGAGUAGUCAUCAAAAUGGGGCAUUAAAGACGAGUCGUGGUUGGUUAUAUAGUGGCAUGGCAUUCCGAAUGGCUCAGAAUCUUGGAUUACAUCGAAAUUGUGACAAUUGGAAUCUUACUGAUGUGGAAAAGGAAGAACGAAAACGAUGCUUUUAUAGUUGUUUUGUUGUUGAUCGACUUUCUUGUGCUAUGCAUGGACGAUCACCUGUAUUGGAUGAACGCGAUUAUGACACUCCAUAUCCCCAAUAUAUAGAUAAAGAUGCCAAUGGAGAAUCAUUACAAAUCACUGAACGAUUCCAUCAAUUGGUCAAAUUAUGCGAACUCCUUGGAGAUGUGCUACGGGAUCUUUAUAUGGUACGAGGACGAAAACAGCUUUCGAUGAUGACAUGUCCUGACAGUGUGGUAUCAAAUUUAGAUCGUGGACUCAACAAAUGGAUGGCGAGACUACCUAGUACAAUGCAAUACAAACCUCCCAACACUCGAUUAGCGGAACGAAAACCAGCACCAGCUUUACAACUCUGCCAGAUGCACAUGUUAUUUUAUACCACGUUGAUUCUUCUUCAUCGACCCUUUAUUCCUGAUUCUUCGACAACGGCAGCCCCAUCUGUCUUUCCUUCAGCAUCUAUAUGUACUUUUGCAGCCAACAAGAUUCUGGAUAUUUCUGAAUCUCUAUUAGCCGACGGUGUUUUGAAAGGUGUCAACAAUUAUGCUCUUUAUUUUAUGUUUACAGCUGGGAUCAUCUUUAUUCACAAUGCUCAAUCUUCCGACAGUAUGUUUGCCUUUGAAGCCAAGAUUAGCACUAACAAAACAAUGCGUGCUAUGGACGAACUAGAAAAGACAUGGUCCACAUCGGCUCGACACUGUAACAUCCUUGGUGCAUUAGCUGGAUUGCGUGAUAUCAACUUGGAAAAUGUGGAUGAAAGUUAUUCACAAACGCAGAAAUUGGUCAAGAACGAAAUAUCCAUAGCUGUACCCAAUUCGCCAGAACCAGAACAACAUCCGGUUGAAUCAUUUUCAUCCUCCAUCGAACAAUUCAAAGAUGAUACAUCGACUCAGCAGGAAAUGAACAGUACAUUCAAGGAAGAAUUGUUUGCAGAGACAGGACAUAUCAUUUCACCAUUAUCAACACCCAAUCCAUCUGGUAGAUCAGCAACAACCAUCCGAUUGAAUCAUUUUGAUAAUGAUGACACGAUAGAUGUCUCACAACGAGUUUUUGAUCCAAAUGCCACAGCCUUUUGGGAAAUCCCGUCCUCAUUCGAUAUUCAAGAAUGGAAUUCGUACCUUACUGAUCAAGCACAAAAGAUGGAUCCUAUGAUGAUGCCACCAAUUAUCCAACCACAAGAUCCAAGUUGAAAAGGGCUUUCUCUAUCAAAUCUUUAGUAUAUAUCCACCGCAGAAUAGAAAUUAUAUUCUUGUUUUUUUCCCCUCAUAUUAUGUAUAUAUAUAUAGAAUAGAAUAACUUGAUUUCAAUAAAACCAAAAGUCAAAAG